UUAAAACAAUUUUUCGGUUGAACCACCGGUUAGACCGGUUGGACCAGUAAACCAGUGAACCAGUAGUUAGAGCGGUUUAAUGACCGGUCCGGUUUUCCGAACCUUGCUUUAUGCCCCUUUCGACCAUCCCGUACCGAACCACUGCCUGCUCCAUAGACUUGUACGAAUGGUGCUCAACACUUGGAGCCAAGCGAUGAAGACUUAGACCCAGAGGUAGAUGAGGUAGAUUCUUUUGAGUAACACGUUGACAACCUGUUUGCUGCAUCGGAGGCUUCAAAGCGCAAGGGACGCAAGACCACCGAAUUUUGGGAUGUUAAAACAAUUGAGUCCGAUGGGACAAUCAAGAAACUUCAUUUAAGUGUGAAAGAUGCUAUGAAGCCACCUAACGGUAGAAAUAUCGUACUCAGGUUCAACGAUAGACUGCAACCAGUUGAAAAUGAAGCUGGUAUACUGAGCGGCGUUCUCAGAAUGCUAGGAUCUAACUACACCAAAUUCCCAAUCUGCGAGAAGGACUGGAGAAAGGUUUGCUCUAGGGACAAGAUCUAUAAUGAAUGUGUAAAGGAAUUGUUCCAUUUUGAAGAAGAUAAUAGAGGAAUUAUCAAGCGUACAAUAUUGAAAAUGCUAGGAAGGGCUUGGAAGGACACGAGGAACCAUUUGUACCAUCACUUUUACGAUUCAGAAUUAACUCUUGAACAAAAUAUUAAAGGUCAUCCACCGGGAAUUACUGCGGAUCAUUGGAGAUGGAACCUUGAUUAUGCAACAGUGAAGAAACAAAGGAGAAGUGUAGGAAAAAUGCUGUGAAUCGAUCGAAACAAUUAUACACUCAUACUGGCGGAUCGAAAAGUUUGGCAAGGCUCACAGAAGAAAAGUCAGAACGACAAAGGCGUCCAGUUACUAGAGGGGAGUUGUUUGUCUUAACGCACAAAUGGUCUAAUGGUUCCUAUCUCCAUGAUGCAGCUAAGGCUAUUGGUGUAAAUAAUGUGUUGAGAAUCGCGAUGUUAUUUCCCAUAGGUUUUGUUUGUUAAAAUUGUGUUAAAAGUUUGUUCGGUUAGCAAUUAGCUAAUAAAUGCUUAUGUUCGCUUAUCUAACUGUGUAGGAAAGAAUUACGGAGAUUGAGCAACAUGAUGAAUCAUCUAGACUGUUGUCUCAGAAUGAUUCACUUGCUCCAGCUCUUGGAAAGGAGCACCCGAGUAGAGUGCGUGGCAUGGGUAUCGAACCGACUACUAGUCAAGUGUUCGGUACGAAUUCACAUCAGCCGAGUAUUGGAACUCAAAGGGAGGAGACCCAAAGGGUAUUGUUUGAACUACAAACAGAGCUAGUGGCUGAGAAAUUAAAAAGGAAGGCAAUGGAGGAUGAAGUAGCAGUCGAGAAGACGAAAAGGCAGGCAAUGGAGAGUACUCUGAUAUGUCCAGUUCAAAGGUAAGGUGGGGAGCUAUCACCAGACGUGGCUGCAUGGAUGAAUUCAUUGGAGGGACAGAAUAGAGAGUAGAACCAAGGAUUUGAAAUUUAUUCUGUAAUUUAAAUAUACACUUUUUUAAUGUUGACUAUGCAACUCUUAGUAAGGAAUAUACUUUAUUAUUAUUUGGAUU